AUGCUGGAGAAUCCGCGGCACCGCUGGGCGUGGGAACCAACCGCUCCCGGCCGUGCCCGUCCCCAUCGGCAAUGCCUUAACAAUGCCUUAAGGCGCACCUGCCGCGUGAGAAGUGAAUGUUAUCCUUUGAUAAACCCCUUCUGGCAUGAGAAUGCAAACAUCACCGAUUCACACAGACAGCUUUUAUACAUGCAUGGAACAUUUGUCAUCCUGAUGCCCCUCAGCCUGAUACUGAUGAUUUUUGGAGGAAUGACUGGAUUCAUCAGUAUACUUGCCAGGGCCUACCUACUGCUUCUAAUGACUGGACUGCUUUUUCUUUUUGGAGCUCUCGUGACACUUACUGGGAUCAGUGUCUAUAUUGCAUACUCAGCUGCUGCCUUUGAAGAAGCUGUCUGCCUCCUGAAGAGCAAGGACCUCUUGGUAGAAGUUGAUAUCAGGUUUGGCUGGUCACUGGCACUAGUCUGGAUCUCCUUUGUGACUGAAGUGCUCACAGGGGCUGUGUUCCUCCUGGCAGCAAGAGUGGUGGGGCUGAAACGGCAGCAUGAACAGGCAUUAUGA